AUGAAACUGAAUGAAACUAGUCCCAGACCCGAUCUCAAGACCGACCCUGAGGCCCACCCCGAGCCCCCGGAGACCCCGAGUGCUGACCCAAAGGACCGAGAUGAAGAGGAAGAGGCGUUCGCCCCCGGGACCCCAGCCACGGGACAGGACAGGGACCCCGAGUGGGUGGAGGAGAGGUUCAGGAUUGACAGGAAGAAGCUGGAGCACAUGUUGUAUUCUCCAGAAACAGAUGGCACAGAGACGGGAGAAGAGUUUUUCCAGCGAGUGAACAAGGUAACUCUAAAGAUGGACGUGGCGUACACCGAGCACUCCCAUGUCAUCGGAAAGGGAGGAGGAAACAUUAAAAGGGUCAUGGAGGUCACGUCUUGUCAUAUUCACUUUCCUGAUUCCAAUCGGCACAAUGCAUCCGGAGAGAAAAGCAACCAGGUGUCUAUAGCUGGGCCCGUAGAUGGAGUGGAAGAAGCACGCAAAAGGAUUAGAGAUCUGCAGCCCCUGGCCCUGUCCUUCGACCUGCCCGUGAGCCUGGCGCCUCAGCCUCUGCCCGACGUCAGUUCCCCGCUCGUCCAGCAGGUGGUGCAGUCUCUGGGCGUAAGUGUGAGCUUCAGGGCAGCUCCUCAGACUCAGCCUGGACUCUAUGGGAGCAGCUGCACCGUGUGGGGGCUGCAGGGAAACGCAGAAAAUGUCAAGAAAGCCGCCUGUGUCCUGCUGGAGCUGCUCCUGGGCUCGGACGUGGGGCCGGGGGUCCUGAGCACGCAGCUGGACGUGACCUCGCAGCAGCACCUCUUCCUCUUGGGGCAGAACGGGACCCACUUUCUCAGCGUCAUGCACCAAACACAAACGCAGAUCAUUCUCCCGGACCUCAGCGCCCCUCAGAGCCCCCCCACACUGCUCAUCCAGGGCAGCGCCGACGGGGUCUGUGUGGCCCGGCAGCAGCUCCUGGACUGCCUGCCUGUCUGUUUGAUGUUCGACAUGCGAGAGGACGGAGAGGCAGAUUCCUGUAAACUGGCUCAGAUGAUGCAAAACCUGGGAGUCUUCAUUAGUGUCAAGCCCAAAGUCAAACAAACGAGCAAGUCGGUGGUGGUGAAAGGCUUGGAGAGGAACAUCUCUUGUCUUUACGAGGCGCGGCGUCUGCUCCUGGGCCUGGGCUCCUCUGACAGCUCCAAAGAAAGCCCUGUGACCUCUGACCCCCUCACAGCUGGCGGUGGACUCACGCACUACUGGCUCAACAUGUUACUGCAGCAGCUCAGGAGCUCGGAGCAGAGUCCUGUACCUGCUCUGUCCACAGAGGGUGUGACCAUGGCUAAGCUCCGCCCCUCACCGCCUCCAGGCCUCAACCCGCCUCUUGAGGACAGUCGGUCUGCACUGAAGGGAUCAGACAGCCGUCCACUGGAGAAGAUUCCUGAAAAUGAGGAUGCCUCUGGCCAGUCAGAGGACGAGGCUGCUCAGGAAACAGCCGCUGACCUCUGUGACUCCGUGCCCAGCAGCAGUGUACACAGAGUGAGCUUCCAGUCUCGCCGGGGCAGCCUCCCCACUCCUGAGAUCAACAGGAUUUAUGGGAGAGGGCGACGCCACUCUACGGGACAGCCCCUCUCAUACAGAUUACUAAACACCCCGGAGGAGGGAGGGCGGUGGUCCAGCCUGCAGGAAGAGCAAGCUGACUCAGCCACAUCAGAGGAUUUUGACUAUGAGAAGAAGAAGCUGCUGGCAACUAGAGCCAUGCAGAGGAGGCCUGUGGUGACCGAGGUGCGGACCCCCACGGACACCUGGAGUGGUCUGGGUUUCUCCAAGUCCAUGCCGGCUGAAGCCAUCAAAGAGCUCCGUCACAUCAGCAGGCGCAGCUACAAGCCGUACCUGAGCUCCGCCCAGCAGCCCUGGGCAGUGCAGAUGAACAAAGUGUGCAAUGGCAGCGAGUCUGAGAACUGGAGGGAGAGGCGGGGCUCGUCCUCCUCCUCUUCGUCGCCCUCUUCUCCCCCCUGCACCCUCCCAGCCUCCUCCUCCUCUGCCUUCCCUGCAUUCUCUCCCUCCAUGAGCAAAGGAAAGAGCGACAGAGCCUUGGACAGCUUCCCCUGUGGUGGGAGUUACCUGGAGGGAGUGGGCUCUUCUCGGAGGGCAUCGAGCUGCAGCCAGAGGAGCCCGUCCCCUCAGAUGCUGGAUGAGUUGCCGGAGCUGCUGAGCCAGCUGGGUCUGCUCAAAUACAUUCACGUGUUUGAGGAACAGGAGAUCGACUAUCAAACUUUCCUCACUCUUUCUGACGAGGACCUGAAGGAAGUUGGCGUCUCAACAUUUGGAGCCAGACGCAAAAUGCUGCUGGCCAUUUCAGACCUCAUCAGGAGCAAGAGAAGGCUGUCGGACGCCUCCAGUGUGAAGUCCGGGUAUCUGGAAGGAGGAGCCAGCGGCAGACUCCCACGCAUCAUAGACCUGGACGCUGCGGCUCAUAGCAAUCGCUGGUAA